CACUCAUGGUGGGGGGGAUCGCGGGGCAGGGACGACUAUGAAGCACCAUGUGAGAUAAGUUUGGAGGAAAGCAGAAAUGUACAGACACCUACCUUGACUUGGUGGCCCAAUACUACUAGCGACGGACCUAUUACCGGAGGGAGCUUCGAAUAUUUCACUACACAUACCUCUCUGCGUCGGUAAACAAACGGGCAGUUAUCAUACCUCUAGCGAUCCAUCGAAAGCCACAUCGCAACAUCUCCGGUUGUACCCUGAGCUCAAGUCGCCGAGAACACAAACAUUAACAAUGGCCUCCCAAUUACCUCCCUGGAAGCAGGACUUCCUCCGCGCGGCCAUCGACAACGGCAUUCUCAAGUUCGGCCAGUUCGAGCUCAAGUCGAAACGCAUCAGUCCCUACUUCUUCAACGCCGGGGACUUUUACCGUGCCGACCUCCUGCGCGCCAUUUCCCUCGCCUACGCACACACCAUCCGCGACGCCGCCACCACGGGUCCCAACCCCCUCGACUUCGACAUCGUCUUCGGCCCGGCGUACAAGGGCAUCCCCCUCGCCACCUCCGCCGUCGACAAGCUCGCGGAGCUGGACCCGGCCCGCUUCGGCACCAUCUCCUACUCCUUCGACCGCAAGGAGGCCAAAGACCACGGCGAGGGGGGCACCAUUGUCGGCGCCCCGCUGAAGGGCAAGCGGGUCCUCAUUGUCGACGAUGUCAUCACCGCCGGCACCGCCAAGCGGGAGGCCAUUGCGAAGAUUCGCGCCCAGGGAGGAGAGGUUGUGGCCAUCGUCGUGGCACUGGACCGUAUGGAGAAGCUGCCCUCCCCUGACGGCGAUGACUCCAAGCCCAUGCCGAGCGCAUUGGGCGAGAUUAGGAGGGAGUAUGGCAUUCCCAUCUAUGCCAUUUUGACGCUUGACGACAUCAUCGAGGGAGUACGGGGGAUUGCUAGCGAGGAGGAUAUCCGGAAGACCGAGGAUUACCGGGUCAAGUAUAGGGCAAGCGACUAGGUAGUCGAAAAUAAGCAGAGCUCCAACAGGAAAAAUAAUGAUUAAAAAAAUACAACGUGUCGGUAUCUUCUGAACUCCCAGAAUCUGAAUAUAAUGGGCAG